AUGACCUCCCCCAGAGAGCGGCUUCAUGGUCCAGUCUGCAUCGUGCUGUGCCGCCCGUCCUGCAGAAGAGGGUCAAGUGGACGCUGUGCACUUUGCAACGUCCAGGGAGGAGUGUUAGCAAGGGAACCAGGAAGGAGUCAUCAGACCAACAACAACAAAAAUGAAGAUGGGGGUAGGGCCCAAGCCACACCUGAACACCUCAGAGAUGACCGAAUUCAGACCAUCCCGAGCACAGAAAUGAUGGGUGACUUUAAAACAGCAGGGAGAAUGAGAAAGGACACGUCUGAGCUGCAGAAGCAGGGAAUGACAGCCUCGUCAGACAGCCGACCUAGACAUGGGGAGGGGAAAUGGUCCCUGCGUGAGCGUUCUCCGGUUUCCACUGAAGCUUUGUGUGGAGAGCGGAAGGCAGAAGAAAGCACAGCCCCUCCAGUCAAACUCGGAGGGGGCCAGGGGCUGCUCCCCAGACGCCCCUCGACUCCCCCGCUCGGCCGGGAGGGCGGGACUCCCCAGGGCUGGAGGAGCGGGCUCCGGGGCCAACAUUGGAUGCGGCAUGCUGUCCUGGAGUCUGCCGCUUACGCCCAAGCGUGA